AGAGUUAAGAUAGAACUCUUUGCAGAUGAGUUACCUCAAACGACGGAGAACUUCCGACAAUUUUGUACUGGCGAGUACACAGAACAUGGAAGACCCAUUGGAUAUAAGAAUAGUAUAUUUCAUAGAAUUAUACGAGGAUUUAUGAUUCAGGGUGGUGAUUUCGUCAAAGGAAAUGGAUUGGGAUCAAAAACCAUAUAUGGAUCUACUAGUUUCCCCGAUGAAGGAUUCCCACACGAUAAUCGGAAAUAUAGUGUGUCCAUGGCCAACUCCGGACCUAAUUCCAAUGGGUGUCAAUUUUUCAUUUGUUGUGCAGAUGCACCCCACUUAGAUGGUAAACAUGUUGUAUUCGGUAAAGUAAUUGAAGGAUUUGAAACUGUAGAUAAAAUAGAGAGUACUCCCGUUGAUUCAAACGAUAAGCCCAGAUCAACGGUGGUGAUUUACGAAUGUGGACAAAUGUACUAA